AUGAUUUUUCUGUACAAAAGCCUGUCAGACACGGCCAUCUGCUCUCGGAGCGCGACGCAACCGGUGUGUGUGGCGAAGGGUGCCCUUAUUAGCUUCCUCCACAAGCCAGCAGGUCGGAAAUCGGUGCUCUGUGGACCUUGUCCUGGUCGUAUAUACUAAGGGCCGUUUUAAACGGACCGACUUUUUGUCAAAAUUUUUGAAAGUGUCAAAAAAUGGAACCUGUAUGUAGGCGUUUGUCCAUUUUUUUCAAAAAUAUUUGGAACGAAGUUGGGCGCAACAACUUUGCUCCACUUCGUUCCAACUUUUUGACAACCCUCUCAAAGUAUUUGGAGCACUUUCCAAAGUACCCUUGCAGAGGCACGCGAGGGCUGCUGCGUCUGCACCACGAGUGCCCCUCACCGUAGAAAGUCAGCUAGGGUUGUGUGUGAGUCAUCUGUCGCUGUCGCUAUUGCUAUCGUCGCUGUUGCCAACGUUGACGAUGCUGUCUGCUGUUGCUGUGUCGUCCGAAAAACGGCGGUCCGCCAUGAUGGCUUGCAGUUGUUGCUUCGCGUCCGCCGCUUUGUUUUUUCCUUUUCCCGGGGGGGUAGGAGCAGUGGUUGCCACCCCUCGCCGGCUGAGUGUUGGUGGCGGCAGCGCCUCCCGUGGUAACAUGAGUGUUCCCCGAGAUGCCAGGCAGCAGCACUAUCUUGCUGGAGAGCAAGCCUCCACCGCCUACGGCGGCACCGAGAGAGCCCGUCUGCUGGAAUUUCGCCGGGGUUUUGGUCUGCCGGCCACGCUGGGUGGUCGUGAUAUCCAUGUCGGUGUCCAUGAUGUCGUGUUUUCCGCGGUUUGUGUUGUGUCGUGUGUGUUGUCUCGAAGUGAGCGCUACAACUCACGGACGGCGUCAUUUUUUUGACACAAGUUGCACAAGUCCACGUCACACGAUUAAAAUGACUGCACACAGGUUCCAAGUUUUUGAAAGACAAAUGUCGAAAAUUUUGACAAAAAAGUCGGUCCGUUUAAAACGGCCG